AUGUCUUUCUUAUCGGACUUCUAUACUCGUCUGUCUGGCACCUUCAGCCGACCGGACGAGCCCGAACUUGUCACUGUGGUCAACGUGGCCCAGUCAGACUCGGCCAACUCCAACGAUGCAUCAAGCCGCACUCUAUCUCCCGAACAUGACAAGGGAGACAUCGACACUCCCGAGAAGGCUUCCGUCUCGACACGAUCGCAUAUACCUCGCACGCCGUCCUUCGCUCCUCCGGCUACGCCCUUCGCUGGUCAAGCCUCGCCAGUAGUCAACCGGGCUGCAGCCGAACAACUCAUGCGCGAGGCCGGUGCCUCUGCCCCAACACCAGCGCUCAAGCCUACACCUUUCUUUGGCAUCUUUGCUCCGCCGCAGACUCCCGCGACCCGCGACCUGUCGCCCGUGAGAAACCAGGCCGCCGAGGAGCAGCUCAGGCGAGAGAUGCUCGACGAAGUACCUGAAACACCCGCCCCUGUUCAAGUCAAGGUAGGAGUCACUCCCAUGACACUCUACAAGACACCGGCAGCAGCGCAUACCACACCAGCCGAGCCAUCCACAGAACAGUCUCUUGCGACAGACGCAUUCCAGACUCCUUCGAUCGUGCCUUCGAGACUCCAACUUCAGAGCCAAUCACCCAUUCAAGAAGAGUCGGAAAUUGUCUUUGGAAACAUCGAGCACGAAGCCGAGUCUUCUUCGACUGCCGCAAUCGAGCAAGAAGAGGUAGAGGCAGAAGACUCGGAGGUCUCAGCAGCAUCAUCCCCUCAUGCAGCUGUUGACAUGGGUCUGUCUGAGGCAGAAGACAACGAUACAUCGACCACAUCGAUAGAGUCUAGCGAUUCGGAAGAGCGUCGCGCAAUCGUCAUUCCAACAAACAAAGGUCGCAAGAACCAACGUCGCUCUAACCCGCGUAUCACAUCCAAGAACUACGACGAUAGAAGGACAAGAGUGCAAAAGCCAUCAAGACCGGGCGUGGGCAGAAGCGUCAGCGGAAGGGAAGAGCUAUUGAACAGAGCACGCAAGCGCUUCUACGAUGGCAAGGCAGCAGGCAACAACAAGCUCUUUUGA